AUGAACCAUCUCCCAGACGAAGAGGCCUCAGAAUCCAAACUUGAGGUACAAAAGCGGAUUGCCGACUUAUUCAGUACCGACACUAAUAGGCUGGAUGUGGAUGACGUCUUCCUGUACCCGAGUGGCAUGUCCUCGAUCAGCCAUACUGCGGAACCCAUUCAACAUCUCAAUACAAAUGGAAAAGCGACUGUCGCAAUUUUCGGCUUCCUCUAUGUCGACACUUUCAAAGUUUUAAGCAAGAUCUACGGGUUCAACUGCAAGCUCUAUGGUGCUACUCCAUCCGAUCUAGAUAAUCUCGAGGCAGAUCUGGCUGAUGGACUACAGCUAUCUGCUCUCUUCACCGAGUUUCCAGGCAACCCGCUCCUCGGCUCAGUAGACCUUGAACGUCUACAAAAACUCUCCAUUGACCACGAUUUCUUAUUCGUAGUAGACGAUACGGUCGCAACAUCACAGCUUUUGAAGGACGGAUUUUGUGAUACAUACUUUCCUCUGGAUGCAAUAGUCAUGGAGAAGAACAGUGCUGAUUUUGAACAACGAGUCAUUACGGCAAGUGAGAACGCGGAACGAACAGUAAAGAUACUCUGUAACCAUCCAUCGAUCGAACAAGUAUAUUAUCCGAAAGGCAACCCAACUCAAAACAUCUACGAAAGAUACAGGCGACCAGGAAAGGGCUACGGUUAUUUGCUCUCUAUUCGCUUCAAGACACCAGAAGCUGCGAUAGCGUUUCAUGAUGCCCUGGACGUAGCCAAAGGUCCAAGCCUGGGGACCAACUUCACUCUCUGCUGUGCAUACACACUCUUCGCACACUUUUCCGAGCUGGACUGGGCCGCCAAGUAUGGUGUAGUUGAGCACCUGGUUCGGAUCAGCGUCGGGAUCGAGAGUCAAGAGGCUUUGGAUGAACUUGUCAAGACAGCAUUGGAUGCAGCCUUACAUGCCCUUGGAACGAGGGAAGAGUUUAGCUAUAUGGCUGGUAAACUGUGA